CAAACACACCGCGCCCGAGCCGAACAUCAGGAAGCAUGGCCUAUCGUUCAGCUGGGAGAUUGACGUGAAAACAAUGUAUCAAGCCUAAAAAUGGCCGAUGAUUCUUUGUCUGCCCGGAACCAGUUUUUCAAAGAGCUCAAGCCACGAUGCGUCUCCAUAAAUGAUUUGGCCGUGCGCUCGCCUGACAAAAAGGCGAGUGCAAAGGACUUAGUCAAGGUUACGGAGGAUUUGGCCGCACUUUUAGAUCGGCAAAUAUUGCAGGAUGCCUCUGUCCUUGAUGAAAAGCUGGCUGACUAUGUCUUCUUCCCGCUCUCCAAUAUCCUGCGAAACGAGAAGGAGUAUCCCAUUCGUCUGACCGAGGUCACCAUCAAGUGCUUUAGAAUCCUCGUUGAAUAUGGCUGGAAGAGCAAGCUACCCAAAGAACUCGCUCAGCAAUUACUCUUACUUCUGACUUUCAUCAUCGCCGGUGUACCUGGCCAGGUGAGGCAAGAUCGCAUUCCUGAGGAAACCGAGCUUGAGUCUUUCAGGGCCAUAGGAUCACUUGUCAAAGCCUCGGGGUCAUCGCCGACAGGCGCCGCGGCAUUGGUCGAAGAAAAGGCGAUACCCGCUCUCGGCCAUGCUGUCACCGUUCUACUAGAUGGAAUUAACAACGGUCGCACACCUGCAAUUCAGCUGGAAGCGCUUCAGGCUCUCCGCGCAUUAGUGGUCGCAAUCAAAGACCAGACCGCUUUAGCCGCGUUCUUACCUGGAAUUGUGUCAUCUCUGAGCAACCUUCUGACGCCCCCAGGAGCACUCAAAGUACAAAAGAAAGUUCUCGUGCAAGGUAUUGACACUCUGAGAGAUGUCCUCACAAAGGUUCUCGGGGACAUCAAAGUGAGGGGCAUACUGAAGAAGCCAGUCGACGAUGGGGUCAAUGGCGAUGCCGGUGGAAACAUUUUAUCAUAUUCGUGGCUUAAUGCAACUGUCGCUAAGGUGAAGCUUGCACUUGCAAGUGUCCUGAAGUUACGAAAUGAUUCGUCUGCAGAUGUACAAACGGCAUUAGGGAAGCUCUGCAUCGCUCUACUAGAUGAGUGCCAUCAGUCUCUUUCUAAUGCCAUGUUGAUAUUAGUUGAAACAGCAAUGAUCGUGGGAGAUGGGCAUGAUAAUGAGUCGAUGUAUGAGACGGGCUUUGCUGACCUAGCCAGAAUAUAUCCGGAACUUGGGGAUGCCGUCAAAACCACCAUGUAUAACUGGGUUACAAGUCUUCCGCGACUGGUUCAAUCUAGCGACGAAAAGGUCAAGCACCAAGCUAUGCAAAAUCUCCUGAAGGGCCAACAUUUAGCCACCACUCUUCAAAUCGAUUCAUCUAUAUUGGACGAUUCAUUAGCUGCUUCGUUAAGAGAUAGCGCAACAGCGCUUGUCGUUGGAUCCAAGCCUAGGAGUGGCCUAUCUGACAUAACACUCUCUAAUGCCCUUGAACUGAGAAGCAUGGGUCCAGACAGAAAAUCCGAAAUAGAACCUUUCCCGCCAGUUUUGAUCGCUCGCGAAACCGAACGUCUCACGCGCGCCGGCCUUAUCGACCUCGUAUCCAAGUUUGGGUCGCAUUCUCAACGCAUCAGAGUUGCCAGUGACAUGUUGAGUCAUAUACGAGAAACAACUGGACCUACUCAAGUAACUUCUUACUGGCUAGCGUUCGAGUUAAUCAAAUCGACCCUUACUGAUUCAUCUGAAUUGGAUGAUUUUCUAGACUUCUCUUCGGCGGCUGAAACGUCGAACGGCAGUGACUCUGCAUUGCAGGAAUUGUAUACAUUCUCGGUCUCGAUCCUCGACUCACAAGCUGAAGCUAAUGACAUAGACUGGAGAAUGCAAGCCCUUUCCAUGGAAAUCACCACUUUUACGGCGUCAAAGAUGCAAGAAGGGUUCCGACCGGAACUGAUUGACGUGUUGUACCCUAUCACGACGUUCCUCGGUUCUUCUAACCCCCAGUUAAGGCAACAUGCAAUCAUCAGUCUUAACAAUAUUGCAGCAGCGUGUACGUACCAGAAUGUCACUGAUUUGAUCAUCGAAAACGUCGACUACAUGGUGAAUUCAGUGUCUCUGCGUCUUAAUACUUUCGAUAUCUCGCCGGCUUCAACCCAAGUACUACAAAUGAUGAUUAAACUUACCGGACCGCGACUUAUUCCGUAUCUCGAUGAUGUCAUAGCAUCCAUUUUCGCAGCCUUGGAUAACUACCACGGUUAUACUAUAUUUGUGGAAAGCUUGUUCAGCGUUCUCACAGAGGUUGUCCAACAAGGCGCCAAGUCAGAUAAUCUGUUGCUCGAAGAAUCUCCAAGAUCAAUUGAUCACAAGAAAUUGCCCCCUAGAGUAGUAUCUACUAGCGAUUUAUGCAAGGUUCUAGAUGGGCGUCACGAACGCCAAAGCGCGCGACAGCAGGAGGAGCUAGAACUAAAAGAGCUGAACAGACAUCCAAACCGUCCCUUCAAAGCAACCGAUGCUACCAAGGCCGUAAACGAAGGGGACCCAGAUCACGGUGAAGAGAGCAGUACUGAGAUUGAGAAGCCUGCGGCGCCGAAGACACGCACAUUUCAACUUCUAUCACGUAUCACGAGUUUGACACAACACUAUCUCACCUCUCCCACACCCACGCUCCGGAAGUCCCUAUUGAAUCUCCUUUCAACGGUGUGUCCGGCGCUCGCCCCAGACGAAGAAGAGUUCCUGCCGCUCGUCAACGCAGUUUGGCCUGUGUUAAUCGAGCGGUUAUAUGACCCCGAGACUUUCGUCGCCACUGCGGCCUGCGAGGCGCUAUGCGCGCUCUGUGCCGCUGCUGGUGAUUUUCUAAACACGCGCUUCAAGACUGAGUGGUGGGAUAAUGGACUUGGGAAGUGGUGUCGAAACGUCAGAGCACAGGCUCUUCGGUCUCAGGGCCGAGUUAAACAUAGAAGAGGGGGUCACGUGGGAGGCCCUACAGCUGUACUCCCUUUCGGCAAAAGCAGAGAGGAAAUAACCACUGGGAUAAUAAUACCUACCCAUGUCGGUGAUGGGGAGCUCCAAAUAAGAGAAAAUAACGAGGAAACUGCAAGCUCCACUGGCGGCGGUGGUGUUAUUAGCAGCUUGGGCUUAGGUCGUUUUGCGCAGAUAGCGCAGCUCUGGGAGGCUGUACAAGAUCUACUUAUCGCCAUUGUUACCUACGUGCACAUUGACGACGACAUCUUCGAUCAAAUCCUCCCGCUCCUUGGUGAUGUUCUGGAGUCCCAGAAUUCGGUUGCUCGCGAGGCACUUGAAGCCGUUGAUGCUGAUGCUGUCUGGCUUUUCAUGUAUGAACGCGGUAUGCUUAAAGUUGAUUCGAGCACGUAUCCUACUAUAGCUGGCGUAGAGUUCGUAGAAGUGUAAUAAAGGAGAUAUCUAGGUAGCGGACACAGGGCGAGAUGGGUUGAUAACCUAUGCCUGAAGAUACGCGAGAUCCCAGCGUUUAUCUUAUUGCCAUAUAUUCAAUCAUUUUCGUUCCUCGUAGCCUGGGCUUACUAAUUAUCUGGGACAGCCGAAGUUUUGUCCCUGAACUCAUGCAACUUGCUACUCAAAUCGCAACGACUAUAGACAACUAGUUUCAAAUACGAAUUCGACAAAUUUCAACAUUGAUUAUCUGUCGAUUUAAUCAUGCUUUGACAGCUACACAUACUUUUGAAUCACUUUGCCAAAUUAUUCCGUCUGUUAUUCCAUCUAUUCUGUCAAUUGCAGCUCCCUUACUAUCUGCUUUGUCGGUUAGUUGACUUAGUCAGAGUGCAACCUACAGGAUCGUGAUUCAAAACUUCUUGAGUAUUUGGUGGCUGAAAUCAUAACGAACAUGGUCUACAAAUGAGAUUACGAAACAGCCAUCUAGUUGACAAGGCCGCUCAACUUGAAAGCUUCAUUAUAUGUAGUUUAGCACAUACAAAGUAUGCCCAAUAGUCGAGCUUAAAAAGCCGUCACAAACAAGCACAAUCGUUGUGCAUUUCUUAGCAUAAUAAAACAAACAUUAGGC